AUGAAAUCGUUUUCUGUUGCUGUGUUCUUGGUGGUCUUUAUUAUUACAGAUAGUACAAAUUCCAUCACUCAGACAUCUUCCGAAACAAUCCAGCCAUCGAUAGAAACAGAUGCACCCACUUCAAUGACAAACAUACAGCGAAAUGAAGUGACGGCAGAAACCACUGACUAUAUAAGCACUAAUGCGAGAAUAGUGUCAUCUAAUCAGCCCACUACCACUUCUCUACGGCUUUUAACUUCAACAACCAUGACAACCACAAUGAAACCAGUAAUUACAUGGAAAAAGAUCAGCGUCAUAUUACGUAUCUUGAGACCGUGGUCUCCGCAACUCCUCCUUAACGAUUCAACUGAAUAUUCCACCUUACAACGUGAUAUAAAAAAUAACGUUAAUUCUUCCUUGAAUGGUAAAGUUUCUGAAGUUGAGAUACUGGAAUUUAGACCAGGGAGUAUCAUUGCCGAACUCUCUGUUAACUCAUCAGAGAAUAAAGCGCUUGAGAUCAUGAAAGCGAACGUCCAAAACGGAAGGCUUGGAAAUCUACAAGUCGACUCGUCCUUUCCAUUGCAAAUCUCCUCAUUUGUGACUGUAUUUGCAAAUACCAGCAAAUACGUUGAGGUUGAAGACGAUUCUUUUUCGGUAGAAUGCUCGUUAAUUUCAAUAAAUAUAUUACCGGCAAAUGUCAAAAUAAUGUGGAUGCUUAACGGCUUGCCCAUCUUGGAGGGAAAUAAUAAGAAUGCUAGAAUUCAAGUCACACAAAUGAAUAAAUCCAAGAAUGAAACUGUUGGAACAUUGACAUUCAAAUAUCUGAGAGUGAAGGACAAAGGUCAAUUGUAUUGUCUCGCUGCUGGAAACGUCGGUUCAAAUGUCGUUGUCCUUUCUCUGGAUGUCAAACCACUGCCUCAAGUGAAAAUUACAACUAAUACUCCGUUUGUGGAGGCAGGACAAAACGUAACACUGAACUGUUCCAUUUUGAAUAAUGUCUCUGCUUCUAUAACUUUUCAAAUAAUAAAAGGACUUCGUGGAGAAAACAAGACAAUUCAUUUCAAACGCAAUGCGAGUUUAUCUUUGUUCAAUGUUAAAGCUGAAACCACUGUCUUGUGUCGAGCCACAAGUCAAUUACGAAAAGGAGAGGCGAACACGACAAUCCGCGUCUAUAAACCAGAGAAGAAAACGUGUCCCAAAGAUAACAAGUGGUCGAUCACCCCAUCAGGAAAAACGGUGGAGAUUCCUUGCAUAACUGGAUUUGUUGGUAAAAUCCAGAGAUACUGCCAAAAUAAUGGUAUAUGGGAUGCUCCAAACACCGAAUACUGUGUGAAAGAAGAAUUUGAAAAGAUUAAAGAAGCGCUCACAGAUAUUGAGAACAACAUUGGCGAGGAUACAUCGGUGGUUUUAGAAAAAUUGUCCAACUUAACAGACGAGAACCAGAAUAAUUUGACAGCAGGUGAUAUGAUUGUUAGUAUCGAAGCCCUCGAUAAAGUCGUCGGGAUCACAGAUCAACAAAAAGAAAUCGGAAAAUCACAAAUUGACGGAUUUUUCACUGUGGCCAGUGAUAUAAUCACGCCAUCAAGAGGAAAACAAUGGUCUUCUAUUAAAAAAAAGGAUAAGAAAGUGGCCUUUAAUUUGCUGAAGAAGAUGGAAGAUUUUGGAAGCCUUGCCGCAGAUAAAGCUUCUAAUCUAAGUAAAACGACGAUUUCGAAACCCAAUCUUGCUGUGGUCGUUUCAAAAGUCCCGACUAAAGAGAAAACGUCGUUUCCUGGAAAAACAAAAAAUCUGGAUGAAUGGGUAAUAAAGUCAAAAACUAAUAUGGAUUUAUCUCCGAGCCUUUUGAAAGAAAUUGCACCUGAGGGACAAGAUUCCAUGCCAGUCUCUAUCUAUAUUAAAAGGGAAGAAAAUUUGGAAGCUCUUUGUAGUUAUUGGGAUUUUGAAAAAGCGGGUACUAUAUCCGGUGGUUGGUCUCAGGACGGUUGCGAAGUUGCCAAUUCAAAUAGCUCAAGGGUUCAAUGCAAAUGUUACCACUUAACAAAUUUUGCUGUGUUGACCAGUAUCGCACCUGAAGACAGCAAAGCAUUGAGCAUAAUCACAUAUAUUGGUUGUGGAAUCUCCAUUGGUUGCUGCCUAUUAACGAUGAUACUUUACAUCAUUUUUUGGAAGCAAAUGGCCAGUACGAGUUUAGGUAAAUCCAAAUCAGUUCUACUGAUAAACAUGUGCGUCGCUAUUAUUUUGGCUUAUACACUGUUUCUGGCUGGUAUAAAAUCGGCAGUGGUAGACAAGGUUGCUUGUACGGUUGUGGCUGCAUUCCUUCACUUUUUCUGUCUUUCCCUGUUCUUCUGUAUUCUCGUCUACGCCAUUGAUAUGGCCGUGACUAUACACACCGUGUUCACAAAGACAUUCAACAGGCUGCCUCUGAUGCUCGUUCUUUCCUGGUUGUGUCCUGCAAUAAUUGUUGCUAUUUCCCUUGGUGUCACGCAGACUGAAGGUUACGGAAAUGAUACCUAUUGUUGGU